AUCCCACAAAGUCGAGCAACUCAUCAUUCUCCAAGAAGACAAGACCACAACUGGUGGUAACAGCAACAUGACUUCAUCACUUCUAGCAACAGCAGGAGGACUUCUGUUACUUUUCUCCUUCUCAUCAGCACAAACCAGAGGAGACAGCCUUGCAGUAUGCAACCCAAAUGACGGCUUUGGAAGGUACUGUCCAACUACAUGUGGAGUGGCUGAUUACAUGCUGAACUAUAUGCCAGUAGUGACAGAGGAUUUGGACCAGAUGCAAGAGGAUUUGGAUAGAAUUGCCAAUUUGACACAGGGGACAGAAGAAACGGUUGUCUACAUGAAAGAUGCUUCAACUGCAGCUCAAAAGAGUACUGGGCCAGACCCAUACUUCAAGAGGUCAUCGAGUAUGCUGGAAGAUGUACUUCGAUUCGAAAAAACUAUCAUUUCACAAGAGCAGCAAAUGUUUGAACUUCAGAAUUUAAUUUCAUCCAACGAGAGAAGAAUGGGAGACCUGAAACAACUCUCCAUUCAGCUGCAGCAGACAUGCAGUCAGCCCUGCAGAGACGAGGUUGAGAUUCAGACAAUUACAGGAACAGACUGCCAGGAUGUUGCUAACAAAGGUGCCACCACCAGUGGUCUUUACUAUGUGAAACCACUGAAAGCGACUGAACAGUUCCUGGUAUACUGUGAGAUUGACAGCUUUGGACGUGGUUUCACAGUAAUACAGAGGAGACGUGACGGCAGUGUGGACUUCCACAAGGACUGGACCCAGUACAAAGAGGGCUUUGGUUAUCUCUCCCCAGAUGACACCACAGAGUUCUGGCUCGGUAAUGAGAAGAUUCAUCUGCUGACUACCGGACCGACCAUCCCAACCGUGCUGAGGAUAGAACUCGUUGACUGGGAGGGCAACAAAAGAUAUGCUGACUACACCAUGUUCAGAGUUGGGUCAGAGAUGGACAUGUACCGUCUGACUUAUGGCUACUACUUUGGUGGUGAUGCUGGAGAUGCUUUCGAUGGUUUUGACUUUGGAGAUGACCCUAGUGACAAGUUCUACACAUCUCACAAUGGCAUGCAGUUCAGCACCUUCGACAGGGACAAUGACAAGUAUGAUGGCAACUGUGCACAGCAGGACGGCUCCGGCUGGUGGAUGAACAGGUGUCACGCUGCCCAUUUGAAUGGAAAAUACUACCGAGGUGGACGAUACACAGAGAAGGACGCAGGUGAACAUGGCUUUGACAACGGCAUCAUUUGGGUCACAUGGCACAACCGCUGGUACUCCCUGAAAGAAACCACUAUGAAGCUCAUUCCCCUCAGCCGCAUCACAGCAGGUGGACAGCAGUCUGAUCUGAAACAGUUUGGCGGACUUGGAGAUUCUUAAAGAGUAACAUGCUUGUGGUCUGUUUAGGCAGCAGAUAUCUGAAUUCAUGAUGUGUCAUGGUGUGAUAUGAGCAUGCUUUUGCAGGUCCAACCUGAUAGUACACUGAUGUUCACAGUUUGCCUUUCUCCUAUGGUGUUGUUUUGACCACUAAAUAAAUAUUUUCUCUUUGCCAAA